AUGCGGUUCUACUCCAACCUCGACCUCUUCCAGUCUUCGGCGGCCAGCUGGCGUGACAACGUCUUCCUCGACAUGGCGCCGGAGCCGGCGCAGCCGGAGGAGCUGCCGGAGUCCCUCAGGCACUACGUUGGUGCGGUGAGGAAGCUUGCGGUGUGGGUGUUCGAGCUGCUGUCGGAGUCGCUGGGGCUGGCCAGCGACCGCCUCGCCGAGAUGGGCUGCGGGGAGAGCCUCAAGGUGGCGUGCAACUACUACCCGCCGUGCCCGGAGCCGCACCUCACCCUCGGCAACACCAAGCACACGGACCCGACUUUCCUCACCGUCCUCCUGCAGGACGCCGUGGGCGGCCUGCAGCUUGUCAGCAAUAAUGGGCGGUUCAGGAGCGUGGAGCACCGAGUUCUGGCGAACCAGAGCGCUGACACGGCAAGGGUCUCCGUGGCGGCUUUCGUUGACGUGGGAAGAUCCAUGAGGCAGUAUGGCCCCAUCCAAGAGCUCACGUCGCCGGACGGUGGCAACCCCCCGAUCUACAGGAGCGUCAUGGUUGAAGAGUUCAUCGCGCACUUUUACAGGAAAGGCAGCGAGCAGACUCGCCCUAGACUCGAUUACUUCAAGCUGGAGUAG